GAGAGAGGGGAGCGCCGAUGCCCGGCUUUGUCACCAGCUGUGACAAGUGAGUGGAGCUGGGCGCCUGUGGUCGAUGCGAUGGGUGAAGCAGUGAAUGAGACUGUGGACGUGUCGGGCUGGCUGUCUCUGGGCAACAACUCAUCGCUGGAGCUGCAGUCGCGGCUGCUGGAGCAGGAGCGGGAGCGGCAGGGUCAGGGUCAGGGGCCGGGGCAGGGUCAGUGGCAGGCGGCAGACCCCUGGCAUGUCAUGCUGUGUAUCUCGGGCUCGGUCAUCGCCUGCGAGAACGCGCUGGUGCUCACCAUCAUCGCCCACAGCCCCGCCUUACGGACGCCCAUGUUCCAGCUGAUCGGGAGCCUGGCCACCGCCGACCUUCUGGCCGGACUCGGGCUGGUCUUCAACUUCUUCUUCCGCUACCUGGCCCGCUGGCAGACGGCCGACCUGAUCACCGUCGGCUUCCUGGUCGGCUCCUUCUCCGCCUCGGUCAACAGCCUGCUGGUCAUAACCAUCGACCGCUACCUGUCCCUGUACAAUGCCCUCACCUACUACAGCGAGAGGACAGUGGUCUACAUCCACACCAUGCUGGCGGUGGCCUGGGGUAUCUCCAUCUGCUUGGGUCUGCUCCCCAUACUGGGUUGGAACUGUCUCAGCGACCAGUCCACCUGCAGCAUCAUCAGGCCUCUGACCAAGGCCAACCUGACUGUCCUCUCCAUCUCCUUCCUGGUCAACUUUGGCCUCAUGCUCCACCUGUACGUCAGGAUCUGCAAGAUAGUGUGUCGCCACGCUCACCAGAUCGCCCUCCAGCAACACUUCUUCGCCACCUCUUGUGCCAUGAGCACCAAGAAGAGCGUCUCCACCCUGGCCAUCGUUGUGGGCACCUUUGGCACCAGUUGGCUCCCCUUCACCAUCUACUGCCUGGUUGGUGACCAGGACUAUCCGGCGGUCUACACCUACGCCACGCUCCUCCCGGUCACCUACAAUUCCAUGAUCAACCCCAUCAUCUACGCCUUCAAGAACCAGGAGAUACAGAAGGCCACGUGGCUCCUCUUGUGUGGAUGCUUCCAGUCCAAUACAUCCUUCCACUCCAGGUCGCCCAGCGAGGUCUAGACUCUUCUGGGAUUUCAUAGGAUGUGGCCCUUGUGGCUAAAGGGAUCAGGGGGGUAUGGAGAGAAGGCAGGUACGGGAUACUGAGUUGGAUGAUCAGCCAUGAUCAUAUUGAAUGACGGUGCAGGCUCGAAGGGCCGAAUGGCCUACUCCUGCACCUAAUUUCUAUGUUUCUAUCUUUCUAUGAACCCGAGGGGUAACUUCCUAGAAUCAAGGGGAGGUCAUUUAAGACUGAGGUGAGAAAAAAACUUUUUCACCCAGAGAGUUGUGAAUUUGUGGAAUUCCCUGCCACAGAGGGUAGUGGAGGCCAAGUCACUGGAUGGAUUUAAGAGAGAGUUAGAUAGAGCUCUAGGGGCUAGUGGAGACGAGGGAUAUGGGGAGAAGGCAGGCACGGGUUAUUGAUAGGGGAUGAUCAGCCAUGAUCACAUUGAAUGGCAGUGCUGGCUCGAAGGGCCGAAUGGCCUCCUCCUGCACCUAUUUUCUAUGUUUCUUCACACAACGGGUGGUGGGUGUAUGGAACAAGCUGCCAGAGGAGGUAGUUGAGGCUGGGACUAUCACAACCUUUAAGAGAUAAACAGACAGGUCCAUGGAUAGGACAAGGGAUAUGGGGAGAAGGCAGGAACGGGGUACUGAUUGGGGAUGAUCAGCCAUGAUCACAUUGAAUGGCGGUGCUGGCUCGAAGGGCCGAAUGGCCUCCUCCUGCACCUAUUGUGUAUUGUCUAUUGUCUAUUCCAGACCCGCUUCUUGAACGAGCCAGACGAUCGGCGGGUGCUUUAAUGACCAGACGGGCCUUUGUAGAAAGAAUGCACACGGCCAUCUUAGCGACCCACCGCGGGAAAUCAAGUUCGAUCCCGGUGAAUGCCUGGCCACUCAAUGUGACAAAGAAAUUAGACUUCACGUUGGAGUAACUGCCCAGUGUUGAAUAUUUGGAGACAAUCUUCACGACUAGUGCAGGUGUCAGCGGUUCAUAAGUGAUAGGAGCAGAAUUAGGCCAGUCGGCCCGUCAAGUCUACUCAACAAUCUAUCUAUCUCUGCCUUAAAACAGGUGAACCUGUGGAAUUCUUUGCCACCGACUUGGCCUCCACAGACGUCUGCGGCAAAGAAUUCCACAGGUUUACCACCCUCUGACGAAAGAAAUUCCUCCUCUUCUCCAUCCGAAACGAAAAUCCUUUAAUUCUGAGGCUCUG